AAUCCUUUCUGGCAAUCAGCUCACUGGCACAAUUCCCACCGCAAUCAGCAACCUUAGGAACCUAAUUUCCCUCGAUCUCUCUCGCAACUACCUCACAGGUCCCCUUGUAAAUCUUUCGGGCACCAAAGCAGACCUCUCCAGCAACUACCUGUCGGGUGUGAUGCGAGGGUCUGAAGCCAACUGCAGCAUACACAGCAUCGUAGCCAACUGCUUCACACAAGAAAAGGCCUGUGGUCAACUACAGCGGCCACCAGCGCAGUGUCUGGCUUUCUGUGGCGUCUCUCCAACCACUGCUGCCUGUGGUGGUCGUGGCGUGUGCUACCCAGACGGGCCCAGUUUGGUUCCAACGUGCCUGUGUGGUGCACGGUUCAAGCAGUUUGGAUUACUUCGCUGUGUCCCAUUCACAGGAGCCACCUCAAGGGGAAUUCUCCCACCAUUCACGGUUCUCACCAAGGGAACACAGCAGGAAACAGUGGGGAAGUUUGCAGGAAAGCCUGUGACCCUAUUCAUCUACCCGCCUGGUGUGACCUCAAGAUGUGGCUUGGAGUUGGCAUUCACUGUCAACUUCACCUUUGCUCUCAAGCGCCACUCUGGUCGCGCGGGGCCCAGCGGCUUUGCGUUUGUGAUUGCCGCAACGGCCAAGGCAGGGAAACCAGGAGGUGUGGGGUACAGCGGGAUGGGAGCUCGGAGCAUAGCCGUUACAUUUGACAUCAAAGAGAGUCACCAGCGCGUGGGGCUGAACAUGAAUGGUAAAGGGGAACCUGUGGUGUCGAAGGUUUCACCAUUCAUGUUCACGGAUGGCGAUGCAUACACAGCGUGGGUGGAUUAUGAGCCUGGGGAUCCGGGCACCUUUCGAGUCUUCUUGGCGAGCUCGAACGAAAAGCCAGAGGAGCCGCUGCUGCUGCAGAAGGGUGUGUCGCUGUGUGCUGUGCUGCAGCCGCGGGUGAAGCAGCAGCGUGCCGCGUUCUCGUUUGGGUUUACGGCGUCUACUGCUUUCCAGCUGCAUGGCAUUCUCUUCUCCGCUGUGCAAACAGGCAAGGCUAUUCUGGGCAGGUGGGAUGACGCUGACUGCCUUGAUGAUAAAAUUCGGGGCGCCCCUUCAUCCAAGGUCGUUCAGACCAAGGAGCAAGCCCUCGGCUUCUCAUUGUCAGAGGCCACAUUUGCACCAUCUCGAGCCAGUCCCUUUUCGCGCUAUGUGAGUGCUGACUUCAAGCUGUCGGCCACCAGAGCGGACUCGUGGAGCAUUCGUGACUUCCACACGUGGGACAAUGUGCCCUUCCUCAACUGGCCUGUCAAGAACCAAAACGACUGCAAUGCGUGCUGGGCGUAUGCGGUGGUGGCGAGUGUGGAGGCGGCAUACGGCAUUGCAAAGCAGCAGAGCGCUCCUUGGCUGUCAGUGGAGGGUCUCUUUGCGCUCAUGGGUCUCACUGAUUCAGACAAGUGCUCUGCUGGCGGCUCCCCCACCCAGGCUUUUGAGACGCUCACAGCUCUCGAUGCCGCCAGUGGUCUCACAGGGGACAGUGACCUGGCAACAACAUAUCCGGUGCAGGCGUUUGAACGAGCGCGGUUUAAGGGGUAUGUGGGGCUCAUGCUGGCCGUGCAGCAGCAGCCAGUGGUGGUUCACAUUGAGGCAUCUCCAACCUUCAUGCUGUAUGAUGGGACAUUCAAGUACCAGGAUCCUGGUUGCUACACGGGCAAUCUCAACCACGUUGUACUCGUUAUUGGCUACUUCAUCACAAGAAACGAUGGCAGCCAGAACCGCAUUGCUCCUCCGUUUUGGAUCAUCCGCAACUCGUGGGGAGAGGAGUGGGGCAAGAGAGGCCACAUGCGCAUGGACAUUCAGGGAGGGGAUGGCGUGUGUGGCAUUAACGUGCUGCCUGGCAUCUACCCCAUCGUCAAGAUUCCAGGCGACCCCUGCGGCCAGAGCAGCUACAAGGGCGAUGGGGAUUCGCAGCCGAGCAUGAACCCGUGUGGUCGCUUCCAGUGCCAGGGGACGACAGACACCACCAACAACUGCUCCUGCAAUAUUCCGACCGCUCCUGUGCAGCCCUUUGUGGAGGCUGAGAAGGGAUACGGUUCCAACACAUGUGCUUAUGGUGAGUUCUGUGGCAAUUUAACAGGUGAGUAG